UCCACAGGGUAUUCCCUUAACGACGGCCUUCUGGUAGGCCCGAUUGUCCAAGAUGAGUUACUCACUCUUGUUCUACGAUUCAGAAAAUACCCCGUAGCUCUUGUCGCGGACAUCGCUAAAAUGUACCGUCAAGUGCUACUGCACACCGAUGACACGCCACUGCAACGAAUACUCUGGCGAUUCCGCACGGAUGAGCCGAUCGCAACGUAUGAGCUGUUAACAGUAACAUAUGGUCUUGCUCCAUCUUCUUUUUUGGCGACGCGUACCCUGCAACAGCUCGCUGCCGAUGAAGGAGAUGCCUACCCACUAGGUGGUCCAGCACUGAAGAAGGGAUUCUACAUUGACGACUACAUAGGGGGAGCCAAUUCCGAGGAGGGGGCAAUACAGACACGCAAAGAACUCGACGAGCUGCUGGCUAAGGGAGGUUUUCAGCUGAGAAAGUGGGCGUCAAACAACUCGAAUGUGCUGGAAGGACUUGACCCGUCUCGGAUUGGAACACAACCAAGUCUAAAGUUUGACCACAUCGAACCGAUAAAGGCACUUGGAGUUAGUUGGGAGCCCGCAUCCGAUCAUCUUUGCUUCAACUCGAAUCUCGAUCUAAGUAGUGAUCCACCAACCAAGCGAUCAAUCUUAUCGGAUGUUUCUAAACACUUUGACCCGCUUGGCCUAACAGCACCAGUUAUUGUACGCGCUAAAAUGCUUCUACAACAGCUCUGGCUACAACCCUGCGGAUGGGAUGAAGCAAUUCCUGACGUCCUUCUAGCGAAGUGGGAUAACUACCGUAUUGACAUUCCGAGAAUUAAUUCCUACCGUGUCGACCGAUAUGCUUUUCUACCGAAAUCCGUAAUCCAACUGCAUACCUUUGCAGACGCAUCCCAACAAGCCUACGGUGCAUGCGUUUAUGCUCGUUCAACGGACCCCCAAGGCAGGACGAAAGUGCAGCUGAUUGCUUCCAAAUCAAAAGUCGCUCCUCUAAAAAGAAUUACUAUUCCCCGAUUGGAGUUGUCCGCUGCUGUGCUUGCUGCAAGACUGCACAAGAAAGUUACUGAAGCACUUGACAUGACCAUCGCUAACUCGUAUUUCUGGUCAGAUUCCACGGUCACCCUCGAAUGGUUGCGUUCCCCUCCAUACACUUGGAGCACCUUCGUUGCGAACAGGGUUUCUGAAAUUCAGAACACAACACAGGGAUCUCGUUGGCAUCACGUCGCAGGAAAACAAAACCCAGCAGACCUGAUCACUAGAGGGAUGAAAGUUGACGAUUUUCUCAACAGCAGUUUAUGGCAUCGGGGACCAUCAUGGCUAGGGAGACCUGAAACAGAAUGGAUAAUAUCAGAUGAUUCGAGAAAAACACCGGAGGAGAUGUUAGAACGGCGGACGAUGGUGGCGGCAAUUCAAAACAAACUCGGAACGAAUUCAAUUUUCGCAACGUCUUCUUCCUACAAUCGUUUGCUACGAGUGACAGCAUAUUGCCUUCGUUUCAUUGACGCCUGUCGUCGCAAAACAGUAUCGUCAUCACAGCCCGAGUCGGUGUUUAUAACAAGAUCAAUCACGGUGGUAGAAUUGUCAGCAGCCCGAAUGCUAUUGAUCCGAUUAGCUCAAGCAGAUUGUUUUGCAGAGGAGAUAAGACGCAGAUGGAAUCCUACGAGUCGGAGGUAGAUUGCGUCUAUCAGAGCAACCUUACCUAACCAAACAUCCAGUCCUCCUUCCUAGUUCCCAUCCUCUAACACGGUCAAUUGUCAAGCACUAUCAUCU